GGCUGGGGAGGUACCGCACUUCGGAUGGUGCCAGCAUGCCGAUAAGACGUGUGUGAUGUCUUUCCUUGUACCCGAGCGUAUAUAGCCUGCCACACCUCCUGAGGUCCGACGGAGAAAUAGUACCUCUGUUUCGAUACCGAGGUCCCCUGUGUCUGUCGAUUGCCGAUUUUCUGCCUUUCUCUCCACAACAGUAAGGCAGUAGCUUCGGGUUGUAAGAGUGGCAAUGCACUCGAAUCCCAAUCUAUUUAGUUCCUUUUCUUUCUUACUUGCCGCUCUGGGAAUCCAGCCAGGAUGGGCCUAUGUCGCGCAAACCCCUCUGACAGGCGACACCUGCACGCAAACCACCGUGGCCAUCUUGGGAGGGGGGAUGGCCGGGGUGGCUGCAGCGCAAGCCUUGACAAACGCAUCCGUCUCCGAUUUCCUCCUGAUAGAAUCGCGCGAAACACUCGGGGGUCGAGUGUGGCAUACUGACUUUGGAAAAGAUAAGGAAGGCAGGCCGUAUGUGGUGGAGUUUGGGGCCAACUGGGUAUAUUUCUAUGCCCCGCAAUCCAGGCAUCUCCAAGGCUUGGGCUCUGCUGAUACAAUAAACCCAGUCUGGGCCUUGGUAGGCGUUGCCACUUUUGUAGCGAACCUGGCUGACCAACAGGCCAAAAAAUACCAUCUGCGUAAUACCUAUUCCAACUACAGCUCUCUCCGCACCUACAACGAAUCCGGCGAAACCGACUAUCGAUAUCUCCUCGAUAAAUAUGCCGAGGCUUACCAGAUCGCGGCGCGCGACGCCGGUCAGAUUCUGAUGCAGAACCUGCAGGAUCAAACCGCCCGCACUGGGCUUGCCCUAGCUGGCUGGCGACCUCGCAAGAAUGACAUGGCUGCCCAGGCGGUCGAAUGGUGGAACUGGGAUUGGGAAGACGCCUCCCCGCCAGAGACCAGUUCCUUCGUGUUCGGGAUGGCCGGCGAGAACCUGACCUUCAACCAGUUUGGCAAGGCCAACCACUUCGUCCUCGACCCUCGCGGCUACAGCACCAUCAUCGAGCAGGAAGCCGCGGCUAUCUUUGGGGACGGACCCUCCUCACGUCUACGACUCAACACCCAUGUCACCGCCAUCGACCACUCUCACAAAGGAGUCACCAUCCACACCAACAACGGCGACUGCAUCGAAGCAGCCUACGCCAUCUGCACAUUUUCUGUUGGAGUCCUCCAAAAUCACGCUGUGGCCUUCCGCCCGCCUCUCCCGAGGUGGAAACGGACUGCGAUCGAGAAAUUCAACAUGGGCACCUACACCAAGAUCUUCCUGCAAUUUCCCUACACGUUCUGGCCCACCGAUACGCAGUUCUUCCUGUAUGCCUCCCCGACCACCCGCGGCUACUACCCGAUCUUCCAGUCCCUCUCCUCCCCCACCUUCUUGCCCGAGUCUCAUAUCCUGGUCGUAACCGUCGUCGAAGAACAAGCCUACCGCGUCGAACGACAAUCCACGGCGCAGACCACGGCCGAGAUCCUCGCCGUGCUACGGGAAAUGUUCGUGGGGGUGACAAUCCCACAGCCGACGGCCGUCACUUACCCGCGCUGGUCGCAGGAGCCCUGGGCGUACGGCAGCUACUCCAACUGGCCGGUGGGGACCACGCUCGAAAUGCACCAAAACCUGCGAGCGAACGCGGGCCGACUCUGGUUCGCGGGCGAGGCGACCAGCGCGCCGUAUUUUGGGUUUCUGCAUGGGGCGUGGUUCGAGGGGCAAGAGGCGGGCGCGCAUGUGGCGGCGCUGCUGCAGGGUCGGUGUGUGACGCUACAGGAGGGCGGGGAGGAGACGUGUGGCGAGCGGAGGCAUUAUGAGCCGCUGAAUGGGACGACGCCGAUUGAGGCGUAUAGCAUGGUCAAUGGGUGGCCUUUAAGUAGUACAGAUUUGUAG